AUGGAGAUGUGUAAGAGAGAGACAUUACUUCUCAUCUUUCUAACAGUCUCCUCAGUGGCAACCAGCACAAGUCCAUGGCUACCGAUAGACGGCAACGCUCCUGCGAGCUAUUGCUUAAGCUGGAGACUAGCAAUAGAGACCAACAAUGUACGUGCAUGGCGCGUUGUUCCUCUACAAUGUAUGCGUUACGUUGAGGUUUACAUGCUUGGUGGACAAUACGACAGAGAUGUCCAACUGAUUGUCGAACAAAUUAAGGUUUAUCUCAAUGAGAUAAUUCUCCCUGGUGAUGGCAUGAACGCAUGGAUCUUGGACGUUGAUGACACUUGCUUAUCAAACGUCUUUUACUAUCGGCUUAAGAGAUACGGAUGUGACCCUUAUGAUCCAACCGGAUUUAGAACAUGGGCGAUGAAAGGAGGAUCACCAGCAAUACAACCUGUUCUUGAAUUGUUCAAUAAACUGAUCGAAACCGGCUUCAAAGUAUUCUUAGUAACCGGAAGAAAUGAAGAGACCUUCCGCGACGCAACACUAGAAAAUUUGCAUAAUCAAGGAUUCACCGGUUAUGAAAGGUUGAUCAUGAGGACAAUAGAGAACAAAAGACAAAGCGCAACAACAUACAAAACAACAAUCAGAAAGCAAAUGAUGGAACAAGGUUACAGGAUAUGGGGCAAUGUAGGUGACCAAUGGAGUGACUUACAAGGAGAAUAUUCUGGGAAUCGUACCUUCAAGAUUCCUAAUCCUAUGUACUUUGUUCCCUAA